UUUAGGAAAGAGCUCUGUUUUUUCAUCACGCACGACUAAUUUAGCAGUGCAUGAUGAGGAUAAAAGGCCUACGUCAGUCAACAAUGGAGAAGAGCUGCGAGGUGCACUUACUCAUCAGCCCUUGAACGCAGAUCAGUCUCAUCAUUAAAUAUUGUUGAGUAGCGGUAAGGUAAGGUAGCACCUACUAAUGGGAAAUUGAUACGGACACGAAGCGACACCUUCAUCACGGCAAAUAUAUCGUAUCCAAACGACUGAAUAGUCUGAGUGUGAAUACCUAGGAAUUUCUUGCUUUGGAUCAUUUAAAUCAAAAUAUGAGUAGUUGCUAGGAGGAAUUUUGCAGAAAAAUACGACAGUGUAUAGAUACAUCGAUCAUGGAAAAAGCUAAAGAGAAUUCAUUCUUUCCUCCGGAGUAUGACGAUAUACACCCAAUGAAGACCGAUUCCGUCAAAGCAGUGCUGAAUGAAUACAGCGGUGUGACAACGGCCCAUGGAGUACCCCGAAUCAUCACAUCUAAAUCGAUUCUGUCCAAACUCUUCUGGGCUUGUGUCACCCUAGCCGCUCUUGGAGCGUUCCUGUGGCAAGGAAGCCUACUGCUCUUCGACUACAAAGGACAUCCUUACACGACGCAGAUCGACGUGGUCACGCAGACAGAGGUUCAGUUUCCUGCUGUCACCGUGUGCAACAUGAACAAGAUGCGACGCUCUGCCAUGGUCGGCACUCGUUUCGAAAGUCUGAUCGAAGCCGAUGGCGGUGCCAUGGGUGGUGAUGUCGACUACUCCUGGUGGUUUGAUUGGUCAUCGGAAUGGUGGCUGAAGUAUGAAGAUUCAUCAUCAUCAAGAGAGGAAAGCAGUAAAGAGGAUAUUGGACCAAGUGCUGAAGGAUCUGUCAUCUCUGGUACUAGCCAAUCCGUGGUUGACAUGAGUGGGGACUCGGCAACGGACGGUUCUAGCUUUAACACGAUGGCCAACUUCACUGACAUACCCGAUGGAAACUCCUCAACUUAUCCAUCCUCGACGCCUCAAAACCAAGAAUAUUCCACACAAAGCGAUGUGGACACUGCUUCGGCAACAUCCGAUGGAACAGAAUCCUUUGUCGAUGAAGAAUGGUCAUCCACCGAUGAGGUUCCACCAUUGAGGAAGCGGAGGUCAGGCCUCCGUCUCAUCCCUGAUCCUACCACUGGUAAACUGGAUCAAAGACGAUUCGUGCGUCGAAAGCGACAAACUAACACAGGCCCGUCAUCAUCAGACCCAUCACCAUCAGAUUCUUCUGAAGAUCCUGAAAGGUUCGACUGGUGGGAACCUGAGUGGGAGACAAACAUGUUCGACUACCAGGCAUACGACUGGGGUGAUGUAACCAGUGAUAAUGACUGGGAAGGGUUCUACAGACAGUCAACGGCAGAUGACUUUAGUGAUCUUCUUGAUGUCAUCAACCCUACAAGGGAAGAACUGGAGAUUAUGGGGCACCAGGCUGAAGAUUUCAUACUUCAAUGUACCUUCGAUAGACGCCCUUGUAAUUACACGAAUUUCCGCCAGUUUCAGAACAAAUACUAUGGCAACUGCUUCACUUUCAACCAAGAAGUUGGAAACAGCUCCAAUGCAAGGAGGACCGGACAGACAGGGGCACAGUAUGGUCUACACUUGACACUGUUCACCGAGCAGCCUGAAUACGUGGGGCUCUUCGCCCAAGAGGCCGGGGUUCGAGUCGCCAUUCAUCCUCCUAACGUGUUCCCCUUCCCGGAGGACGAUGGGGUCGUUGCCUCGACAGGACAGGCAACCAACAUCGGCAUCAGACAGUCUUACUUUGAGCGGCUAACCAAACCCCAUGGAAACUGUUCAGAUGGAACUCAGACUAACUUCACAUCGGAAGAAUAUACUUAUACAACCCGUGCGUGCGUUAAGUCGUGCGUUCAGCAACAUAUUUUUAACAAGUGCGGCUGCGUUACGGACAUCAUGAUGAACGAUACGAUCUGCAGCCCGCGAAACAGAACUGAACAGAUGUGUCGUCAGGCUAUUGAACAGUUCUUUCAUGAAGGUCAACUUGAAUGUUUUUGCCCCAUUGCAUGCAAGGAAACUCAUUUUGUGACCGCGGUGACGUCAGACCUGUGGCCAUCAGAGCGAUACGAGACUCAUCUGAAGUCUCGAUUGACCAAUGAGAAAGCCACACGUAUCCUGCAGAAUAUCGAGCAAACAAGAAAAAAUCUGGCUCGAGUGCGGAUCUACUUUGAAGAACUCAACUAUGAGCAGAUGAUUCAGAAGCCCCAAUACACGUUUGAGAGUUUGCUUGGUGGGAUCGGAGGUCUUCUUGGACUCUACAUCGGUUUCUCUGUGAUCACCAUUUGCGAAGUCGGAGUCCUGGUCCUGGACAUCGUGAAGUACCUCUUUCGGAAGGCGUACAGCCAUGACAGAGUUGUUCCCGUUGAUUUUAAAACCUGAUUUGAUCUACCUGUCGACGAAAGAAAACAGAAUCGUGAACGCAAUAUAAAUAUGUAAAUAUCAAUCCAUGAAAAACAGUCUAAGCAGUUUUAGUGAAUUAACAACUCGAUAUGUACGCAUUAUUUCACCAAACCUUCAAGUACAGAUACAGUAAUUAGUUCAUUGACAUCGCCUCGAAAAACGUGUUUAAAUUCAAUAUAUGCGAUUCGAUGGGUUGUCGGCGAAUUGUACUUAUGACGGUUUGGUGAAAGCCCUGCCCUAAUCUCUGACUAGCUUCUAGGCAGGGGGUGUUGUCAUAGGGAAGUUGGGAUGAACACACCAUCCAAAACUUAUUGUCGGUAAAUCGCCCCCCCCCCCUAAAAAAAAAAAAAAGACUUUUGUUGUUGUUGUUGAUUUUUUGCAAUAUUUGUUAACAGUUUGCCCAUUGAUUGACAUCCAGGCUUUAAAAGUAUCACUGUAAUGAUCAUUUUUGAAAUUUAUAAGGGAUUUUAUCAUCCUGUACAAACUUUCCAAAGGGGAAAAUAGCCCCGAAAUAGCUGAUGAGCUAUGCUAAGCCCAGGCGCGGAUCUGCCCCCCCCCCCCUAACAAAAAAUACUAUAUCAGCAUUUUCAUGCAUUUUUUCUUGUUGCUCAAGGGGGGGGGGGGGUGUUGAGAAGAAAAGAAAAGGAGUGUUCACUCACCCCCCCCCCCCCACCCCCCAUGUUGAGCCAAACAAAAAAUUGGAUGAAAAUACUGAUAAAGUAUAUGAGAGGGAGAGAAAGGGGGAAAAAAGUUGAGAAAAAUCAUGCUGGUGUUAUGGAGAAGAAAGAAAACUUCAGAGCAGAAAGUAAAUAAUAAAGUCGCAACUGCGCACUAGAGUUAUAUGCUCAACGAUUUGACAUUAAAAAAGAAAAAAAAUGCGAUGUAUAACAAUAUGAAGAAGAAAUUCUUGUUGCGUAAUUAGUGACGUAUGUAUAAUGUUUUGUACUAUAAUGAGUCCUCUCAAGCAGGUCAUUAUCGGCAAAGUUGUUUUUGAGAAGUGUCAUAUCAUAUUGUAUAAAUUUAUUCAGUUAUGACCAACAAAAUUGUUUUACUUUUGUCGUAUACGUGUAGCACUUUAUCAUCAACCGUUCAUCAUUUUAGCAUUCUCAACGUUUAUCAUAAUAUGUUGAUUGUUUUACAUUCUGUUAAUAAGCUUUGAAUGGCAGGAUUACAUCUAUCCUUGACAGUACUGGUAAACCUGGAAAUGCUGUCCUCCUCCAGUAAAGGAAAAGUCAGAAAACUUCAAAAAUUACUCAAAUCAGCAAAAAUAUCAGGGAAUGUCGGGAAUUUCAUAAGCCCGAAAAGAAAGAAGUCAGUCUAGUCUCUGAUAUAUUUUGCAGCAUUUUCCACUCAUUGGUAGUACUAUCUGUAAUGUUUAAAGGCAUUGUUUAACAAUGACUCCAGUUUCAGUGAAACGCAUGGCCCUACGUGUUAUCAGUGUCUGUGAUAUGGUGUAAUAAUGAAGCCCUAAACAAAUUGCGCUUCAAAAUGAUCAUGAAGUGCAUCACAAAAGUAAAAAUAUUUGAGUAACCGGUUUUUCCAUACUCAUUUUUGAAUUUUUUUUGAAAUUUCGAAUUCCAAUCAUAAAUAUCUUGAUAAUCAGACGGGCGAUCGGCUUGUAAAAGUCAUGGAAUUUCUCUGACCUAAGUAUUUGCAAUUAUCAUUGCAGCAUGAGCUAAAUCCAGGAUUUUGUUUAGAAUCCGAGAUAAAGUUAGACAAUCCCUUUAAAAUGCCUCCUUUAAUAAACCUGUGACUUUGUUAAAACUCCGUAAGAUUUUUUAUUACGUAAGAGAAAAAUCAAGGAAAAAUUAACUUAAAGGCUUUGUUCUUCCAUGUAUGGAGUUUGAUAAUAGUCAUUAUUGUUGACAAAUUCCAAUAACAAGAACCUUAACCAUUUAUACGAUUCAGUUUCAUUAUAAAACAGAUUAAUUGGGAGAAGGGAAUUGAAAACAGAAAUACAGAGACUGAGAAAAAUCAAAAAGAAAAACGAAAGAACAGAAAAAGAAGUAGCACACUUCUGAUGAAGAAUGGAACUAAAAUAUAAAUUUACUUUUACAUGUUUUAACCUGACAACAUUUUUUCACAAAAUUGUAAAUGAUAUGAACGAUGAUUGAUGUACAUUAAUUUUUAUCAAAGUAGACUAAGGUUUUACUUGAAUUUGAAUGUAAAUAUGUAAUAUACUUUGCGAUAAGCUAUUGUAUAUCUACAGUACUUCGUUCAUUAUUUUUAAGGGAAUAGAAAAGGUCCUAAUGUUACUAAUUCAGUAGUCCAGAUCUGCACCGUUUCCGUAUCGCGCGCCCAAUCAGCUGAUAAAAUAACACCCCCUCAACGUUGACAAUAGACCUUGCCAUUCUUUUCAUUCUGUACCCCGAUAACUAAACGACGUUUGUUUGGGGAUCGAGCGAUGAGUGGCGCGCCGUGCUGUGCGACUGAAUAAUUAAAAGUAUAUAAAACUUGACAGAAUCUGGACAGUCUAAUUCAGUUAAACCCAACCCGGGAUCGAAACUCACAUUCAACUUGACAAUAGGAAAAAUUAGACCUAAUACCAUUUUCCUUUUAUAAAUCAGAUUUUGAACAAAAUCCUAAGCGUCGGGUUUAAAAUUUAGUAGAAUACGAGCCUUAUAGAGCUAAGAUAUAACGUUUCACUGCCAUGUAGUCUUUCAUAAAACAAAACAAAAACACUUUAAACAAUACCUUGAAUUAUACAUAAAUAUAUUAUUAUAUAGAUCAUGUUUAUACUGAUAUACAUAUUGAUUAGGUUUUUAAUAUACAACGGAGUAUCAUGCAUGGCGUGUUUCAAGAGAAAUUUCCUCUUGCAUAGAGACAUAGAAAAUUGUCUUUGUUUUGUUAUUUUCAUUUAUCUUGCAACAGUGUAUGCACGUUUCAGAAUAAAUAAAGCAAGUUGUAUAUUUUA